UGUACGCUUUCUCAUUGUCUCAUGAAUAGUGAAAAGGAUCAAGCUGAAAAUUUGAUGAUCGUUGACCUUCUGAGGAAUGACCUGGGGCGGGUUUGUGAGCCGGGCUCUGUUCAUGUGCCUAAUCUUAUGGAAGUUGAAUCCUAUGCUACAGUUCACACAAUGGUGAGUACGAUACGUGGAACAAAGCAACCAGAUAUUAGUGCAAUCGACUGUGUGAAAGCAGCAUUUCCCGGUGGGUCAAUGACAGGUGCACCAAAGCUAAGAUCAAUGGAAAUUCUGGAUUCUCUGGAGAGUUGUUCAAGAGGUAUUUACUCUGGAUGCAUUGGAUAUUUCUCGUAUAACCAAACCUUUGACCUUAAUAUAGUUAUAAGAACUAUUAUCAUGCACGACGGUGAAGCUUCCAUAGGGGCAGGAGGGGCUAUUACAGCACUUUCAAAUGCUAGCGACGAGUAUGAAGAAAUGGUUUUGAAAACAAGAGCUCCCACAGAAGCUGUUAUGGAAUAUGAGAGAAGUACAAUAUCGGAAUAUACCGAGUCAUAGGUAAGCUGUAAUGCAAAGAAAACAUCAGCACGAAAAAAGUAGGAAGUCAUUCUAUACUCCAUUAGAAUAGUUUGUGAAGCCCAUAAAUAUCGUCUUUUCGUUUCCCCAUUUCUUGUGGAAGUACUUUCAGAAAAGAGGGCUCUAUCUUCUAUAUUUUUGCUUAAUUUGUGUUCUUUCCUCCCUCCCCUAUAAUGUCAUUACAGGUGACCUGCCGAAAACUGCAUUGAUGUUGUAAUGGUCUUUUGCAUUAUUUAUCAUUAUACGAAAUGGCUGAAAUUAUGGAAUA